AUGGCGGCUGACCCACUCCGUGCUGGCUUCCAGCAGUGUUGGAGCCAAUUGUUGGAGUGUGCCUGUCUCCAUGGGAAUGCGGAGCGGCUGCGAAAGGAGCUGCUGGAGCUGCUUGAUUCGCACCUGGCCGAAAUUUCACGGUGCCAGCGCUCAGCGACUUCCUCCCCUUGGAGAACAGUGCCAGAUGAGAACUUGCGCUUGAGGAGGCUGCGAGAUGACUGGGAGAUGAGCUGCUUGCACGGGUACAUGAUGGCACUUGCCCGCGUAAGAACGCGGCUGCUGGAGUACAACGGCCUCUCUGAACCUGGCGAGCUUGUGCGAGCAAUCGUCCAAGCGGCACAUGGUCUGGCUUUGCCUGGCACUGACAAAGCCUUGCUGCAGAUGCGGAUGGUUUCGGCUGCCAGGUUUCGGUCUCAGAAAGUUUGCAUGUGCCUGGUUGCCUUCGGCGCUUGCUUGAUUAAGUUGGCGCUGAUGGCCAUGCGCAAACAGUGGUUUCACAAUAUCACUUUGUUCCAGUCAUUCUGGUCCUUGCUGACCUAG